CUGAAGCAUAAAAGGCUUCAGCGGAUGAAACCUGGCACUGUGAAUGAUGCUCCAUUUGUGUCUAACCUAAUGACUAGAAGUGGAGGAGAUGCUUUAAGAGGUUCUGCAUCUUAUCGUGAUAGAUUAUUCAGCAAUCUGGACGUGUAUGGUCAACCUGCUGCUGGUGCUAUGCAUGAGAGAGAUGCUAUGUCAAAGCGGAAGGUUGAGAAGUUUGACACAAAUGAUCUUGAUUGGACAGCUAAAAUCCCAGAGUGCCCAGUAUACUUUCCAAGUAAAGAAGAAUUUGAUGAUCCUUUGGUUUAUUUGCAAAAGAUAGCUCCAGAAGCUUCAAGAUUUGGUAUAUGCAAGAUAGUUUCGCCUUUGAGUGCUUCAGUUCCUGCUGGUAUAGUUUUGAUGAGAGAGAAAGUUGGUUUUAAAUUUACCACAAGAGUGCAACCUCUUCGUCUUGCUGAGUGGAAUACUGAUGAUAAGGUCACCUUCUUCAUGAGUGGAAGAAAUUAUACAUUCCGUGAUUAUGAGAAAAUGGCGAACAAGGUUUUUGCUCGUAGAUAUUAUAGUGCUGGAUGUCUUCCUGCUACAUAUGUGGAAAAAGAAUUUUGGCAUGAAAUAGCUUGUGGAAAGACAGAAAGUGUUGAAUAUGCAUGUGAUGUUGAUGGCAGUGCGUUUUCAUCUUCUCCCACUGAUCAACUUGCAAGUAGCAAAUGGAAUUUGAAGAAAGUUUCAAGACUGUCCAAAUCCAUUCUCCGUCUACUGGAAACAACCAUUCCGGGAGUUACUGAGCCUAUGCUUUACAUUGGGAUGCUAUUUAGUAUGUUUGCUUGGCAUGUAGAAGAUCAUUACUUAUAUAGCAUUAAUUAUCAUCAUUGUGGAGCUGCAAAAACCUGGUAUGGUGUCCCUGGCCAUGCUGCUCUGGAUUUUGAAAAGGUGGUUCGGCAAAAGGUUUACACUCGUGAUAUUUUAUCAACUAAUGGGGAGGAUGGCGCUUUUGAUGUUCUUUUGGGGAAGACAACCUUGUUUCCUCCAAAUAUUUUGUCACAACACGGUGUUCCAGUUUACAAGGCUGUUCAAAAGCCUGGGGAAUUUGUGGUGACAUUCCCCCGUGCCUAUCAUGCAGGGUUUAGUCAUGGUUUCAAUUGCAGUGAGGCUGUAAAUUUUGCGAUUGGUGAUUGGUUUUUGUUGGGAUCAAUAGCUAGUCAUCGUUAUGCCCUUCUAAACCGAACACCUCUCCUUCCUCAUGAGGAACUUUUGUGCAAAGAAUCUAUGCUUCUUCGUUCAACUAUGGAAUAUGAAGAUCAAGAUCUAUCUUCUGCAGAUGUGAUAUCUCAUCGAAACAUCAAGGCUGCAUUCGUGAACUUGAUCCGUUUCCAACAUCGUAUCCGUUGGUGUCUAAUGAAAUCAAGAGAAUAUAUGGGUGCUUCAACACAUUCUCAUGGAACCAUUCUUUGCAGUAUUUGCAAACGUGACUGUUAUGUAGCGUAUAUCAACUGCAAUUGCUACCUGCAUCCUGUGUGCCUCCGGCAUGAGUUUAAGCUACUUAACCUACCUUGUGGAGACAACUUUACUAUCUCCGUAAGGGAAGACAUCUUAGAGAUGGAGGCUGUAGCCAGGAUGUUUGAGCAGGACAAAGAUAUUGUAAAUGAGGUCCAACAGCAAUCUGGAAUUGCUACUGACAUGGUUCUACUAUCUCAACUGUAUCCACUAACUGAAGACGAAGCUUACAGUCCAUAUUGCAAGCUUGUUUUUGGAUCUGAUGUGAAAAUUUUCGAAGCUGAGAACAAGUUCGAACCAGGCUUUACCCUAAAGCGGGGUGGUCCUGAAAUCUGUUCUUCAUCAGAGAGUAUAUCUUUAAUUAACCAUGUACAUGGUGAUAGUAGUUCCACUAUAAUAGAUGCCCCGUCUGCUUAUUCUUUCGAAGAUGUAACUGCUAAAAUACAUGAAGCAUUACCAGUGAUUGAUGAAGCUCCUCGAGGCAAUUUUGCUACGGAUAUUAGGAAUACAUAUCAAGACAGUGAUGAUUCUGACUCGGAGAUGUUUAGGGUCAAACGUCGUUCAUCUUCAAAAUCAGAGCACAGAAAUACAUAUGAUUCAGCCCCUUCAAGUUUCGAAAAUCAGGGGCUUAAACGACUGAAGAAGGUACAGCCUGAAGGAAGAUCUCGGCAUGAUUCAGUACCUGAGUGUUCGAAAGCUGGCAAUACAGGAUCCUUCAUUAGCCCCAGUUCCAUCCACUCUAAAGAAGCCAAAGAAAGUGUAUCAAAAGAAAAGUUUGUCAAAGGAACCACCGCUCCCUUCUCGAUUAAGUACAAGAAAAUUGGAAACGAAGAAAUCGCGGGCAAAAACCGAGACCAUCAAAGAGAUUAUAAUUCGUACAACGAACUGGGAAAGAGCACAAGGGAACCACUGCCUCUAGAGAGCGGUCCAAAGCGACUUAAAGUUAAAGGCCCGUCAAUGAUAAUAGGGUUGGAGAACACGUCGCUUUGAAUUCAGAUUUUCUUAGAGCUUGACUUUGCUAACUUGGAUCCAAACAACGUUUCUAAGUUUCUAACAACACGAAGACAAAAAAACACGCGAAAGCAGCAGAAAAUUGACCCACAAUUUUUAGAUGAAAGAAAAGUAUAUUCUUUGUGCAGGCCUCGAAUUGGGGUGCGAUUGGCACGGUGAAUGGUUCGUUCUUUUUUUUUAAAGGGUUCGGCAGGAGAUCUUUCAUUGUUUUCUGCAAAAUUAAAGGUAAGUAGUUCUGAUUUUAGCAGUUUCUUUUUGAUGUAAAUGUCGUUAACAGUUUGAUUAAUUUUUGUGAGAUGAAAAUGUCACAAAUCUGCUGCUGCUUCUUUCAUUCUUUUUGUAGCAAUGGUCUUUUCUUUCUGUUGCUGUUGACUACAUCAAAUAAAAAUCC